GCAGGCGCAGCGGGCGCACGUUAUCAGCAGCGGGCGGGAGUCGCGGGCCGCGCGCGCCAGUCGCAGACAUGGUGCAGGUGGCGCGCACACGCCGCGGGAGCGGGCCGCGCGACAAGGCCGCGGGCGAGGCGGCCGCCGGCGACGCGCUGGAGGCGGCCCUGGCGCAGCUCGGCCCCUUCGGCUUCUACCAGGGCUACGUGCUGGUGCUGCUGUGCAUCCCCAACCUGCUGGCCUGCAUGUACUCGCUCAACUAUGUGUUCGUGGCCGACUCCGUGCCAUUCCGAUGCAUGGUGCCGGAGUGCGAGCAGUCGCCGGCGCAGUUCGAGGACGAGGCGGCGCUGGCGCUGCUGCCGCCGGGCGCCUGCCAGCGCUACGCACCGCUCGCGCCCCACGCCGCCUGCGAGCGCGACGCCUUCCACCACAACCACACCAUCGCCUGCGACGCCUUCGUCUACCAGAACCACGACACUAUAUUUGCUGAGUUCGACUUGGGAUGUCGCGAGUGGAUGCGCACGCUGGUGGGCACGGUGCGCAACGCGGCGCUGCCGGUGGCGCUGCUGCUCACCGGCUACGUCUCCGACACGUUCGGGCGGCGCACCGCGUUCUGCGUGUUCUCGACGUGCGCGGCGGUGCUGGGCAUCGUGAAGGCGUUCUCCGUCAACUACCAGAUGUACCUCAGCAUGGAGUUCCUCGAGGCCGCCCUCGGCUACGGCUUCAACAGCGCCGCAUACGUUAUGAUGGUGGAGAUCGCGCACCCGUCUCUGCGCGCGGUGUUCGCGUGCACGACGGGCAUUGCUUACGGCGUGGGCGGCAUGGUGUUCGCGUGGCUGGCGUGGAGCCUGCCCUACUGGCGCCACCUGCUGCUGCUCAUCCACGCGCUGGCGCUGCUGCUGCCGCUCUACUGGCUGCUGCUGGACGAGAGCCCGCGCUGGCUGCACGCGCGCGCCGACGCGCCCGCCGCCGCCGCUGUCAUCCGCAAAGCCGCCAGGUGGAACAAGGUGCUCGUGGACGAGGAGCUGAUGCAGCGGCUGAGCGCGGAGAGCGCGGGCGCCAAGCCGCCGGCGCGCGGCGCGUGCGGCGCGGGCGGCGCGUGGCGCGACGUGCUGCGCUCGCGCGUGCUGCUGGUGCGGCUGGCCGUGUGCGGCUGGUGCUGGGCCGCCACCACCUUCGUGUACUACGGGCUCACCAUCAACUCGGUGGCGCUGUCCGGCAACAAGUACACCAACUUCGCGCUCAACAUGGCCAUGGAGGUGGCCGCCUCUGUGCUCAUCAUGAUGGCGCUCGAGCGCAUCGGACGCAAACUCUGCAUAUUUCUUGCGUUCCUGCUAUGCGGAGUCGCCUGCGUUUCACCAUUUUUCAUACAGCACGGCGGCGCGUCGCUGGGGCUGUUCUUCGUGGGCAAGCUGGCCAUCACGUUCGCGUUCAACUCGCUGUACGUGUACACGGCGGAGCUGUACCCCACGCACGCGCGCAGCUCCGCGCUGGCCGCCUGCUCGCUGGUCGGCCGCCUGGGCUCCGUGCUGGCGCCGCAGACACCGCUACUGAACAUGUACGUGCAAGCGCUGCUGUACGGCGUGUGCAGCGGGUCGGCGGCGCUGCUGGUGCUGCUCAUGCCGGAGACGCGGCACGCGCGCCUGCCGCAGCGCGUGGCGGACGCCGAGUGCCUGAGCAGCGCGCCCCCCAUGUCGGCGCCCGCGCCCGCGCCCGCGGUGCCAAGCGUCCGACACCUCUCCGCCGACACCUAGCGACACAACACAUCGACACUCCAGCUACUUACCACACGUUUUAAUUAAUAUUGCCAAAAUAAGAGUCCUUUGACUAAAUAGUCAUGUCAGAGUGUGCACUGCGUCUUCUGCAGUAGUGCAUUAAGUACUUAUUGUAGGUAUGGCUGAUCUCGACAGUUGUUAGGCUGCUAGCAUAAGAAUAACAUUUUAUAGUAACUUAUUAUUGAUGUUUGUACUUAGGCUAAUGUUUUGUAACUGUGAUAAAUUAAUAAUGUACUUACUUGAAAUAAACAAACGUGCUUUGAACACAA